AUGCUCCAUGAGGAUCAUAAGUCUAAAUAUGCAGCCAUUAUCGAGAUCAUAAACGAAGCAGCUAGUAAACACUUCAAGGAACGUAAAACAGUGGCAAUUAAGCAAUUCAAACCCGCUAUCUGGUGGGACGAAGAAUGUGAAAACCAGAUCAGACAAAGAAAAAUAGCGUUGCUAUAUGUAAAAAAUAAAAAUAAAUUAAUAGGUCCCAGAGUAGCUCUUACAGGCUUACCACAAGGUUCUAUAUUGAGUCCGUUAUUAUUUAAUAUUUAUAUGUCGGACUUUACUGCAGUUACCCAAGACGAUGUUAAGAAACUACAAUAUGCUAUUGAUUUAUUUUUGUACAUUUCUUGCAACACACUUGAGGAAUGCAUUCACAAAAUCAAGUGGUCGAUCACAGGUGUCUCAGAAUGGAUGAGGUCCAACCACCUAAACCUUUUCUUGGUCAAAACAAAGGGUAUCCUGUUCACCAGGCAUAGAAAAUUCCUUUACCCUCAAGGAAUCAAUAUGGGGAAUUGGAUGUGUAAAAUAUACGAUAGUGUGAAAAUUUUAGGGGUUACCUUUGAUAAAAAGAUGACCUUCCGGGUGCACGUUGAAGAGGUGAUCAAAAAAUGUGAAACAGGUAAGAAUAUCAUUAAAAGAUUGGUUGGAAUUGACUGGGGAGUCUACCAAAGUUCAUGUUUAGCUAUCUACAAAUCCAUAAUUAGAUCACAUAUUGAUUAUAGAUACUUCAUUUACGGAGGAAUCUCAACCAAUAUACAAGGAUUACUAGAUGAAGCUCAACUUUCGGCUUUAAGACUGUGCUUGGGAGCUAUAAGGUCAACGCCUCGCAUUGCCGUUUUAGCGGAAGCCGGGGAAGCCCCACUGAACAUUAGGAAACAAAUACUAACUAAUAGAUUUUCAAUUAAAAAAUUCAACUCGGAUUCAGAACGAAUCCCGAAGCAAUUGGAAUAUUUAGCUGUUUUGCAUUUUAGGGUAAACUAUUGGAAAAACAGACCUACACCUCCAUUAAUAACUGGAUUUUAUAAUUUGAAACCUCUAGAAGACCUGAUAAUUACAAAUGAUAAACUACCGUACCAUAGUCAUUUUUGGAUUUACUCAUUUCCCAAGAAAUAUAUAGGCUUGAAUGACUUCAAUUAUAUGACUCAUCAUUCCAAUAAAAAUAUAAUAAACAGGGAGUUUGAGAAUUGGUUAGACACGGAAUGGAAAGAUUUUACUGUUAUCUACACUGACGGUUCCAAGUUAGAAAAUAAAGUGGGGUGUGCUGUCUAUGUACCUAAUAGAGACAAAUAUUUACAAUUUAAUUUACCGGAUUUUGCCUUAGUCUUUUCGGCAGAACUUACAUGUAUUAAUGCUGCUUUAGACUUUGCUAUACAAGAAAAGAUUCCAAAAACCAUAAUCCUAACAGAUAGUAAAUCCGCACUUCUGGCUCUAAACCAUCGUAAAGAAAAUUGCAAUGGUUUAAUUUUUGACACCAUCCACAAAAUAGAAAGCGUCUUAGAAAAUAAAAACACGAUCAAAUUAGUAUGGAUACAAAGGCACUCCAAUAUCCAUGGAAACGAAUAUGUGGAUGGUCUUGCAAGAGAAGCCUGUUUAUCAAAUUUUCCUUCAAGAAAGGCUCCUGCGUCUGACCUAAAAAGCUGGGUCGAUAUGAUGGUGCUAGAUGCUGGUCUUUUCCAGGCUUCAGUAUUAGUAUGA